AUGACUAUGACCAACAAGGCAAAGCUCGAGGCACUCCUGACUCUGAUCAACACAUCCGCACGAGAUGCCAUCGCGUUGUACGAGCAGUAUGGUGAUGUUCCCGCCAUCGACCAGGCCGAACUCCACCCGUUGGACAGUGCGGUCGACCAGGUGGCUUUGAAGAGUGCCGUUCGUACUCUUGAAGGUGCUUGUGCUCAGAUAUGCGCGACACUCGCUCCACCUGCCCAUACUGCGAUUAACCUUGUCCAAGUGUAUGAUCAUGCUUGCAUCCGAGUGGUUGCUCGGGAACGUGUUUCGGAUAUUCUGUUGAGGUACCCCAAGGGUCUUCACGUCAACGAGCUCGCCAAAAAAAUCAGCGUAGAGCCAAAGAAACUGGCCAGGAUCAUGCGCCUCCUAGCCACGAGGGGUUGCUACAACGAAGUCGACACGGACGUUUUUGCCAACAACCGACUGUCUCUAAUCCUACUCGACGAAAAUCCUGUCAAAUUCAUGAUCUUGCUUCAUGUGGACCUGAUUACCAAGGGAGGAUCUGUUUUCUAUGAGACGCUCAAAGAUCCGAAGAUCGCCUACUCGUAUGAACCGACGGUUGCACCCAUGAUGUACGCCAUUGACAAAAACGGAACCGAAGGAACGAUCUUCGAUUGGAUGGCGCGGCAUGACGGCCAACGCGAGGCUUAUCACACAUCGAUGAGAGGUCUGAACGGCAUCAUGGGCUCUCUCGCCGUCCUGGCCCAUUUCCCAUUCGAAAAGUACUCGACGGUCGUCGAUGUUGGAGGAGGUAUCGGAGCAUUUUCUCUGCCUUUGGCUAACACGCACAAAAACGUCAAAAUCACGAUCCACGAUCUUCCGGAAGCAUUAGUCCAGACGAGAGACCUCUGGGCGAAAGAAUGCCCCGAAGCCCUGGCAGAAGACAGAGUCGAGUUCGUGGACUUGAACUUCUUCGAACAAGUGCCCGUCAAGGGCAAGGACAUCUACUACCUCAGAAAUAUCAUCCACGACUGGCCCGACCACGAGUCUACGAUCAUUCUUUCAAACAUUCGCAAGGCGCUCGGUCCAAACAGCCGCGUCCUCAUCCAUGACUACGUGCUCCGUGGGCUCAGCCGCAAGCAGGCAGCAAUAGAAGCUCCGGAGCUCGGAGCUGCUUCGGCUCCUGAACCCCUUCUUGCAAACUUUGGUGUUGGAAAUAUGCGUUCAUACCAGCAAGACAUGACUAUGUUGUUCGCCCACAACGCAAAGGAGCGAACAUUGCAAGACUCCCUCGCACUCGCUACCGUCGCCGGCCUGAAACUGGAGAAGGUCUGGGACCUCGCUGAAUCAUGCGUCUUGGAGUAUUCUGCCGCAUAA